GGUGACCAGCUUGCGAUGCGCAGCCAAGCGGUUCCCGAUUCAAAUCGGUCAUUGCGCCCACAGGAGGAACUGGUUAUGCACGCCGUUUCGCCGCCAGAUGACGCGUGGGCUAAGAGGAGCGCAUGAAUAAACCACGUACCGAGGAAAAGACGACGGUUUACACAUGCGACGUCGCACGACUGACAGGAGAGGAGGUGUGUGUACGUAUUUCCAGGUGUUAGUCGGUCUCUGCACGUGACAAUGCAGUCCACCAGGCUGCUAUAUUUGUUGUGUAUGAAAUAGCCGAGAUUUCGUAACACAGACUGUGAUAAUACAAUAGAGAUAUGCAUGGGAAUACCUAUCGUCUGUUCCGGAAGAGAGCUUUCUAUGUCGCUGUCGCUGCGACACUAUUCCUUGUCGCCGCUCUCAACUACAUCUCAGCGGGAUCGGAGCGCCACCUGGUGCCGAAUGAGGUGCACGCCGGCGACGAGGCGGCGGCAGCGGCCGAGCCCGUGUAUAUAUCCGUAUCGUCGACGAUGGGUGGCCUGGGUAACAGGAUGUGGGAGUAUGCAUCUAUGUACGGCCUCGCUCUCACCAACAACAUGACGCCUGCCAUUGAGCGCGACUCGUUCCUCACCGACCAGUUCGCGCAGCUGACUGCCGUGCGCCUCGAAGCUAGUGAGAUCUCAGCCUUCAAGCAGGUCUACUUCGACCACUGCUGCAAGUACUACGGCUCGCUGUGCAACCUCGUGCGAGCGAACACGACUGUCGGCUCGUUCCUGCAGUCGUACAAGUACUUCAACGCGCAUGCCGACGUCGUUCGUCGGCAGUUCGUCUUUGACCGACGCACGCGCGCAGCCGCCGCGCGCCUCGGCGACGUCGUCUUCGUCGGCACCGACGACCCGCUCGUCGACAUGUGCGCGCUCAGCGACUGCGAUCACGUGAUCAUGACCGUCGGCACAUUCGGCUGGUGGGCGGGCUUCCUGUCUGGCGGUGACGUCAUCUAUUUCGCGCAGCCGACGUGGCCGGGCUCGAUGUAUGACAAUGAGCUGAUUGUUGAGGAUUACUACCGGCCAGAGUGGAUCGGUAUGGAGUAG